UUUUCUUUUCUUCGAUGAAAGCCCUAGGAGAUGGCUGAUCCUUACUCAACUGACGAAGUGCAGUCGUACCAUGACCCAUGGUACACCUUCCAGGACAGUUUCCUGGAGUUUAAUGCUUGGUCGGCGAGACGAGCAUCCGAGAAACAGAAAGAUUUGCUCAUACUUGAGGCUUUCAAAGGAAGUGAUGUUGGUUCGGCAUGGUUCCCUUCACAGCGUGAUGUCAUGCACGCAAGACUCGAAAGGCAAGAUUUGCUACUGGUGCCAAUUCAUUUUGCCUUCUCGUCUGGCAAGAUAAAAGAUUGGUGUGGCUGGCCUAAGGAGAUGCUUGCUAAUAAUGGUUUUGUGGAGACAUUACGUGUUGCCGGGGUUCUUAAGCCGGUCGCUCUGAGCCAAGCGGUGGAAUGGCUCUGUCGCUUGAAAGCACUGAAGGAAUAUCCCAUGGCGAAGUGUGGUUACACUAGUGGAACAGCUCUGCUGGCUUGCUCUCGGAUAGGAAAGAGAAAAAUAAAGGGGCAAAUUGUCUCGGAUGUAGAUGGCUUUCUUGAUGACUAUGGCAGCUUUAAUUUCCACGCAUACAAGGUGAUGCUUGGGACAUUUGCUCCACUCGAAGUGAGUCUUUUUGACAAAGCACUCUUGGCAGUGCUUGGGAAUCAGAUUGUGAACUUCAUUGCUGGGGACUUGGGCCAUCUGGAAGCACUAGCAGUAGUCACACCAUCCAUGUUGUUGUGUUUUACAUGGUGGAGGACAUGGAGCUUGGAGUGUUACUGCCCAGAAAGGGUGACAAGGCUAUUCGACUAUGAUCAGGAUGUCCCUCGAGCUCCAUCUUCAGACAAAACAGAUUGGAAUAAGGCCAUGUGGCCUUACAUUGAUGAGGCAGCUUCCAACAUGUGGAGCGAAGGCGCCGCCACGCUGAGGUUUUUCAGCAUUGCUAAAAUGUCGACCAUGUCACCGUUGAUGUUGGAAUAUUGGGGUACACUGUUGAAGAGCAACUACCACAAGCAUUCUCAAGGGUUUUUGAUGAGGGGAUACGAUGGACAAUGGGUACCUGUUUGUCUUCUCGUACUUGGCUUGGUGGAAGAGGAGUAUGGUGCUGCUGAAGGAGAACUCGAGCAAGAAGCAACUGACAAUGCUGGAAUUGGAGGAGAAGCUGAUGAAGCUGCUCCUUCAAGAAAGUCAUCACUGGAUAAGAGAAAAAGCGUUGCUCAACCACUCAAAUCGGCAACUUCUGAUGAGGGUUUUGGCCUAGUUCCUAUUCUUGGCAAUGACGAAAUCCCCUCCAAACCUAAAGAGGCUGAGAAGGUAGAAGCUCUGGCGGUGAACAUGGAGGAAGCUUUGGCUAAUCCUGACAUUCACCGGAAAAUUUUGGCUAAGGAAAUAGGUGAGCCUCCACUCCCUGACAAGAUACUUAAUUUUGUCGACUCUACCGUUGAUUGGAGUGACCCUGCGUCCUUCACAGCUGAGUUGGCGAAGAAGGCUAAGGCUAGUGAAGUUUUGCUGUAGAAACCCUUUACUAUAAGUUAUCUGCAGGUCAUGAAAGAGAUGACAAUGAACCAAAAAAGAGUAGUAGAGGGACGACACUUGACUUUGGUAGAGUAGAGGGAUGACAACAAACAAAUCCUUAGUAGAGAGACAAGAACGAAUAAAAUAUGAAAGUAGAG